AUGCAUCUCUGGCACAUUCUACUUCAUCUGGUCUCCCUCCUCCUGGCUGCAGCCCACGCCGCAGACCCGCCAAAUGCUCUCACAACUACAACUGGUAAAACAACUCUCGCAACAGUCACCACAGACACGGCAGCAACGGCGGACCCCGACUACGUCCCCGUUAAAACCCCAGACACCACCAAACACUACGAUUUCACCUUCACCACUGCAACCGCAGUGCCUACCCUCCACAAGACAACAUCCGUGUCUCCGACAAUUGUGUGGAUCACAACCACCAGCGGAGCAGUAACAGUGGUAUACUCCUCGGGAUGGGUCCAGACAUUCACUGACAUGUACAGUACCGUGCAGAGCGUCCCCACGGGCAGUAUAGGAUUGGGCACCCUCAAGGGGACAGUGGGCACCCAGAGGAGGUACAUCACUGUGAGCGCCAUUGGCAAAACUUAA